AUCAGCCCUUUCUCAUUAAAUACACAGAGGGAGCAGCACAGGAAGAGGUCAUUCAGCCCAAGUAGAGCGUGUGGGCAAUUCCUCCCCAGGCGAGCAGUCGGACAGGUCCUGGAGUUUGAGAGUGAGAACUGAAUGGAAUAUCUUGGAGUGGACAAUGAUCGGGAAAUCUUACUUCCUCCUGUCACUUCUCCAAGUUGGACUGUCACAAGAGUGGAAAGGUAACACUCCACGAGAGGUGACAACGCAGGAAGGUUCGUGUGUACAGAUUCCGUGUCAUUACAGUUAUCCAGCACAUUUUGAAAACAAACGACGAGUCGGAAUCUGGUUAAAUAAGGGGAAAUACAAAUUGCGGGCUCCCAUAGCCUUUCACUCCAAGGAUCACAGUCACGAGUUACCACGGUUCCACCAUCGGACCCGGCUGUCUGGAGACCUGAAAAAUGGCGACUGUUCCCUGAUUAUAAACAACAUCAGACGGGAAGAUGCAGGACCUUAUUUUUUCAGGAUAGAAUUUGACAAUGGUCCGAGCCAUAACUAUUACCCUGUAACCCAGCUUCACGUUUCUGAUUUCACAGAUAAACCCACGAUAUUUCCUGCUGAAAUUAUUGCAGGAAAGCGUGUGGAUGUAAGCUGCACCUUCAACACAACGUGCAAUGGAACAGCAGCACCUGUCUUAACCUGGGACACUCCCACUGACGUACCUGGAUCAGUCUCAAACACUGUAACUCAGCAUGGUGUCACUCUGACCUAUACUUCUGUUCUGACCCUGAUCCCAUCACUCAAACACCACGGACACACUCUCAGCUGCAGAGUGAGAUAUCCAUCUGUUUCAUCGGAGCGGUCCCUCGUACUAACUAUGCAAGACAGUGGCGGAGAGAUUCUGCACGUGAUCCAGAUCCUGGGAAUACGAGCUGUGAUAUUCCUUGUGGCUGUGGUUAUCACUAUCGCUGGAGUCUGUGUCUGGGAGGGACAAACAGUGAAAGGAAGUCGACAGACUGUUUGAAGCUUUGUACAGCAACAAUCUGCACAAACAGCAAUUUCCAAGCGGACUCCCAUCAGCAGACAGAGUGCAAUGAAACAUCGGCAUGCCUGCUUCUUAAUGUACGGAGAGAAACCUGGAACGAGAGAUUCUCCUUCUUCUCCUCAGCAAGCUGAAACUUUUCCUUAUACCUGGUGCUCCCCAAUCCUGCUGUGUGGACACAUCAUAACCACGGCAUUGUCUGGCUGUGUGCGGCCAACAUGGUCGAAUAGGAAUCAACAGAAAUGUGAUGUUGCUAAACUCUGUCCUCUGAUUGGAAUGUGCUUUCUGAAUGCUGCACCUUUCUCAUGCUGCGAUAGAUUGUAAGAAGCAUUUGGGUUAUGAAUAAAAUUACAUUGAUUAACACAA